AUGGCUAAGGAGAUGAAAGAAUCAAGUGAAAUGGAAGUGCCUUCUCUGGUGGAUCUCUGUGUGGAGAAUGUUGUGGAACAAUUCGACACGUUGGUUACCAAGUGCUCGGAUUGCGAGGAACCAAAGUUCAUUUGGCGUUUCCUACAUCCAGGUUGCCGAAUCCCACCAAAUGCAGCCAUCACAAUUCUAGCGAGACUCCAGUGUCGUCACAUUUUUAAACGUGAACAUCUCACUCUCUUUUCAAAGCACUAUGUCAACUUGCACGCCUUUUUCCUUAUUAAUCUCAAUCUGACACCGUCGAUGCUUUCAAUUUUGCGCGAUUUUACUCUUUACGAUAUUUCUGUUGGUAUACUGAGUGGCAUCAGUCUGAACGAUUUCGUAAGCACUCUCAACAGGAGUACCUUUGAAUGGCUUCAUACACUGGAUCUAGGUGACCUCGCAAUAGGUGACAAAGAAACAAAAUGCGCGUCACUGACUGCUUUGAGUCAACUGACCAAUUUACAAAGCCUCAGUAUCACUGAUAUGGCUUUGAAUUCCAAAGAUCUUGCUCUCUUGAUAACACCACUCACACGACUUGAAUUCCUUGAUAUCUCGGAGACAAAGGUCACUGACAUCCGCUGCUUGAGCGAAUUGCGCAACACUCUUAAGGAACUUGUUAUGCGCAAGCUUAGACUACAAACUAGGCGAUCUUUCGACCUCAGUAUCACUGAUAUGGCUUUGAAUUCCAAAGAUCUUGCUCUCUUGAUAACACCACUCACACGACUUGAAUUCCUUGAUAUCUCGGAGACAAAGGUCACUGACAUCCGCUGCUUGAGCGAAUUGCGCAACACUCUUAAGGAACUUGUUAUGCGCAAGCUUAGACUACAAACUAGGCGAUCUUUCGAGUGGCUGCUUUCGACAAUUCUGGAACUGAGCGAACUACGUUUCCUCGAUGUGGCUAUGUUUCCUUUUCCGUUGCAGUGGCGACUUCAUGAAAUUGAGCAGUUGAUUGGACCCGCCAGUCUCCCCCACCUGAAGCACUUGGAAAUGUGUGGAAACUCUUUCAAUUUAACAAUCAGUGAUCUUCAAACUCUGGCCAAGAACAAACCAAAUUUGGAAUUUCUCGGUUUAGCAAUGUGGAACAAGGCAACGCUGCACGAAAGUUGGGAAAUCGAGAAUCUGUCGAUUGAGCAUCCUGACAUCAAGAUAUGCGGUGGAAUACACGAAGGCCAAAUAAUGAAGAUGCUGGAACAUUAUGAGACAGAUUUUGAAAUUGCCGAUCCUAUAUUGGAUGAAAUGGAAUGGGCAAUGAGUGUUGGCACAGUCUACUCUCACCACUUCUAUGAGUUCCUAGUCAACAGAAUGGAAGGCUCACGGGAGUUGGUGAAUAUAAUCAGUUCAGCGGAUAUUUAUGUUGCAUGGGUGAUGACACAGGGUGAGAGAUCGCAGAACAUUCCAAGAGAGCUUCUUCAGAGAAUGCUCAAUUGCGCACUCACUCUGAUCGAGGAAGAGGAGCUGGAUUUCGACGACGAUGAAGACACCAUGGAAGAAAGUGAUGAGGAUGAGGAUGAGGAAGAGGAAGACGUGGACGAUGACGAUGACGAAGAAGAGGAAGAAGAAGCAGGAGAGGUUGAACUUGGUGAUGGUGAAGGCACUGGAAAUGAGACAGUUAACACAGAGGAUGUUAAUGGUAUAUACGGCAAUGAUGACAAUAACGAUGAUAGUGGUGGCGAAGAAGGAGCAGGAGAUGGAGGAGAUGAGGGAGAGGAAGGAGAAGGA